AUGUCCGCCAGCACCGCCGUCCGCCCCAAAAUGACGAGCCAGCCGCGCUUCCGCGACCCGCAGCAGGAUCGGCCGUUCGCGUGCCCCGUUCCGCUCUGCGGCGGCCGCUUCCACCGCAAGUUUACACUGCACGAGCACAUGAAGACCCACACGGGCGAGCAGCCGCACCAGUGCCCCAUCAAGUCCUGCGGCAAGCGCUUCAGCACGUCCGGCAACCUGGCGCGCCACAAGCGCCUGCACUCGCUGCACAAGAUGGAGUGCCCCGUUCCAGGUUGUACUCGUAUCUUUACGAGCAAGGACAUGCUGGCCAAGCACCAGAAGGUGCACAACGGCAACACCAUCCACACCUGCGUCGUCGGCGGCUGCGGCAAGACGUUCAGCACGGCCGGCAACCUCACGCGGCAUAUGAAGACGCAGCACCGCUCCCAACAGGCAGCCAAGGUCGUGUCCCCCGUGCUGACGUCGCAGUCACCGUGCGACGAGUUCCCUAUCAUGGACUUCGACAUGAUGAUGUUCCUGCCCCCCGUCGAGGAGCAGCAGCAGCAGUUCUCGUUCCUCAGCACGCCAGCGCAACCGGACGCACUCUCGGACGAGGACCUCAAGGACUUGCUCGAGUGCCUGUUCUAG